GUAAACAACAAUAAGGAAGUGCAAAGAGAAAUCCUGGGGCGCAACAAUGCAACAGUCACGCUAAAUACGUUACAAGUGGUUUAUUACUGUCGAGCACAACUCAGGAUUAUUAUGCAGUAGUUUAAAUCCUUCACAAGCAACACUAGCGAUGGAGGGCUCCAAGUCGUCGAGCACAACCAUGCAGGUCAGCUUCGUGUGUCAGCGAUGCUGCCAGCCGCUCAAACUGGACACAUCCUUCAACGUGCUCGACCGGGUCACAAUCCAGGAGCUCAUUGCUCCACUCGUCACAGUGACCCCCAGCAAACAGGCUGACAGCUCUGAGGGGGAGACAGCACCAGAGGAGACAUUUGUGGAAAACAAGCAAGAUGGAGUGUCAAGAAAAUACAUCCCUCCGGCACGGAUGAUGUCCACAGAGAGCGCCAACAGCUUCACACUGAUUGGAGAAGCAUCUGAUGGUGGCACCAUGGAAAACCUUAGUCGUAGGCUGAAGGUGACCAGUGACCUGUUUGACAUCAUGUCGGGCCAGACAGAUGUGGACCACCCGCUGUGUGAGGAAUGUACCGACACCCUGCUGGACCACCUGGACACACAGCUCAACAUCACAGAGAACGAAUGCCAGAAUUACAAGCAGUGCCUGGAGCUGCUGUCACACCUGCAGGUGGAAGAGGAGGAGACCCUGCUCGCAGAGCUGCAGCAGCUGAAGGAGGAGGAGGAGGCUCUGGUGCAGGAGUUGGAGGCAGUGGAGGAGCAGAGGGCUGCUGUGGCCCAGGACCUGACCCAGAGCAGGGUCCACUCUCAGCAGCUGGACACAGAGGAGCUGCAGUACCAAAAGGAGUACAGUGAGUUUAAACGGCAACAGCUGGAGCUGGAUGAUGAGCUGAAGAGUGUUGACAACCAGAUGCGUUACUGCCAGAUUCAGCUAGAUCGCCUGAAAAAGACCAACGUCUUCAAUGCCACAUUUCACAUCUGGCACAGCGGCCAGUUUGGAACCAUCAACAACUUCCGUCUGGGUCGACUCCCCAGCGUCCCAGUGGAGUGGAAUGAGAUCAACGCAGCCUGGGGGCAGACAGUGCUGCUGCUGCACGCUCUGGCCAACAAGAUGGGGCUACGCUUCCAGAGAUAUCGUCUGGUCCCAUAUGGAAACCACUCAUACUUAGAGUCACUGACAGACAAGUCUAAGGAGCUUCCUCUGUACUGCUCUGGUGGCCUGAGGUUCUUCUGGGACAACAAAUUCGACCACGCCAUGGUGGCCUUUCUGGACUGUGUCCAGCAGUUCAAAGAGGAGGUGGAAAAAGGAGACACUGGCUUCUGCCUUCCAUACAGGAUGGACGUGGAGAAGGGCAAGAUCGAGGACACAGGAGGCAGCGGUGGCUCCUACUCCAUCAAAACCCAAUUCAACUCUGAGGAGCAGUGGACCAAGGCGCUCAAGUUUAUGCUCACCAACCUGAAGUGGGGACUGGCCUGGGUCACCUCACAGUUCUACAACAGAUAAACCUGCUGGUCGAUGCCUCUGUGAAGUCGUAUGCCUGGUAAAUGGAUCUAUUUGGAUGCUUGGCCAGAGGAAAAAGAAAUGGUUGUUUGCACCAUUUUGCAAGUAUUUUUAUCUAUCUUGCUGCUGUGGGGAUUCUAAAUAGUGGCCCAACUGUGGAAGCACUGAAGACAGGCACAGGUUGUCGUCAAAGCAAGCAGGAUAAGAUAGCUACGUGUCUUUUAGUUUCUUUUAUCAUCUGCUUUGCUAAUAUCUGGCUUUUUCUGAAAAGCUGACGUUGCAUUAAGACAAUUUCACACUUCAUGAGAGUAGAAUGUAUCUUAAAUCUUCACUAACCACUUCAUCAAGUUCAAGGUUUCGUAGCUGUCCUGCACUGCUCACCUUUAAAAUCACUGCAAGAAGUUUUUUUGUCAGCAUUACAGUUACAGAAGCUGUAAGAUGUGAUAAUUAUGGUCAAUGUAGGAUUUUUAAUAGAUUAAUACGGUUAAGUAUUCAGCAGCAGUGUGCCAGUAUUGCUUUAACCUUGAAUGCAGUUAUAACACUUGUCAGUUACAGCCAUACUUUACAGGUAAAGUGUUGUAUUUAGAGGUACACUGACACAGCUUCUUGGUGUUUAUAUGACGCACCAUCACAUGAGUUUGUCUGUUUUUCGAUAUGAUGGAUACUUUUAAUGGUGAGAUUUGAGUUAAUAAACAUUUCAUGCUGUGAAAAAAAAUGUCUGG